AUGGCGGGGCCUUCAGACUCUAUUCGGCGCAAGCACAAGGUGACGGUUGUCGGGUCGUGCAACUGGGGCACGACGGUCGCGAAGCUCGUCGCCGAGAAUACCAAGGAGCACUCAGAUAUCUUUGAAGAGGAUGUGCAGAUGUGGGUGUACGAGGAGAAUGUGACCAUCCCUUCGGAUUCACCCCACCACGCGGCCGUCGGGGACAAGCCCCAGAAACUCACCAAGGUGAUCAACACAUACCACGAGAACGUCAAGUACCUACCCAAGAUCCCGCUCCCGAGCAACGUCGUCGCGAACCCCUCGUUGGUAGAUGCCGUCAAGGACUCGUCCAUCCUCAUCUUCAACCUCCCCCACGAGUUCAUCGGCAACGUCUGCAAACAAAUCAAGGGCCAGAUCCUCCCGUACGCCCGGGGCGUGAGCUGCAUCAAGGGUGUCACGGUAACGGAGGACAAGGUCGAGCUCAUCUGCGAAUACAUUAGCGAGUCGCUGGGGAUCUAUUGUGGUGCCCUGAGCGGCGCCAACAUUGCCAACGAGAUCGCGAACGAGCUCUGGUGCGAGACCACCAUCGCGUACAACACACCGCCGUGCGACCGGCAGGGCGAGAACGGGUCGAACGGGACGAACGGAGAGCACCGCGACGCGCGCGGCCAGAUCAGCAAGACCGAGCUCACGCCCCUGCCACAAGAGUACCACCCUCUCGACCACGCCGAACUCCAGAAGCUCUUCGACAGGCCCUACUUCACCGUCUCGAUGGUGUCGGACGUGGUCGGCGUGUCGCUUGCCGGCGCGCUCAAGAACAUUGUCGCCCUCGCUUGCGGGUUCAUCGAGGGCCACGGCUGGAACAUGACGGCCAAGACGGCUGUGAUGCGCCGGGGCAUGUUGGAGACGAUCCAGUUCUGCCAGGAGUUCUUCCCCGAGACGAUCCAGGAGAUGACGUUUUUUGAGAGCGCCGGCUGGAGCGACAUGAUUGUGAGCUGCACGUCGGCACGGAACUGGCGCUACUCCAAGCUGGCGGUGGAGCGCGGCGUGUCGCUCUACGAGGUUGAGCGGACCGAGCUGAACGGCCAGAAGCUGCAGGGUAUCUCCACAACGAAGGAGGUCAUGAGCUUCUUGAAGGCGCGCGGUGUGCAGGACAAGUACCCCCUAUUCAAGGCGGUCGAGGGGAUUGUGGAUGGGACAUUUGAAGUGAAGGAUAUUCCUGUGCUGUUUAGGCAGUAA